AUAUUCAGUGUAAACCACAGCUGUAUAUCACUUGUCAGCUAAAAAGCACUUUUUUCCAAGCUCGAGAGCUCCGAUGACCGAUGUCUAUUCCAGGGAAGAAACGGCGUCGUUCGGUUACCGUUUAUAAACCAAACGUUCCAUAACAGUAACAAGCAGCAGAAUCUUGUGUGUUACCGGGUCAACUCAACUCCCUCCCCCUCCGCCAUUUUUGACUGAGUCAAUCUCGCUCCCUCCCCACCGCUCCGAGUCGACUCAGUUAUGCUAUUUCUUAUUACAUUAUACAUACCAAAUUUGUUUACGGUAUGCGGUGUUGAAACAGCGACACAUCAUAGUUCAGCUCAUUUCAGCUUCAAACGCAUAGGAUCUGAAUCAAAUCCGUGUUCGAGUUCCACUUCACUACUUCAGCAGUUGGAUAGUCCGAAAAUGCCGGCUUAUCUAGGGUUUUGAAGCAGCGGUUUAGCCAGGGUUUUUGAAUUUUUGUUUUUGUUUUUUGAUUUGUGAUAUAUCUCAGUUGUACAGUUAGUGUUUGUGCUUGCGAAGAGCCGAAGAUGAUGGUAUCGAGGGGAUUGUUUGGGUGGUCGCCGCCGCACAUACAACCGUUGACUCCUGUGUCGGAGGUUUCGGAGCCGCCGGAGUCUCCGUCCCCGUACAUGGACAAUGGCGGCGAUGUGCUCCCGCCUGAGAUGGAGGAGGAGAUUGAGGAUGAGGUUGAGGAGAUCGAGCCACCGCCGGCUGCUGUGCCGUUCUCCAAGCUGUUUAUUUGUGCUGAUCGCCUGGAUUGGUUUCUCAUGGCGGUUGGAUCACUUGCGGCAGCUGCCCACGGCACCGCGCUGGUAGUUUACUUGCAUUACUUUGCAAAAAUUAUUCAGUUGCUCACGCACGGUUCAGAGCCCCCUGAUAAGUUGUUCGACAGAUUCACUGAGCUUUCUUUGACCAUUGUUUAUAUUGCUGCUGGAGUUUUUGUUGCUGGUUGGAUAGAGGUAUCAUGUUGGAUUCUUACUGGAGAACGACAGACUGCUGUAAUAAGAUCAAAAUAUGUUGAAGUAUUACUGAACCAAGACAUGAGCUUUUUUGAUACCUAUGGAAACAAUGGUGAUAUUGUGAGCCAAGUAUUAAGUGAUGUGCUGCUUAUUCAAUCAGCUCUUAGUGAAAAAGUGGGGAACUAUAUCCACAAUAUGGCCACAUUUUUCAGUGGUCUUGUGAUUGGAUUUGUUAACUGUUGGCAAAUUGCACUCAUAACUUUAGGUACUGGUCCGUUCAUUGUUGCAGCAGGAGGAAUAUCAAAUAUAUUUUUACACAGACUUGCAGAGAACAUCCAAGAUGCAUAUGCAGAAGCUGCUAGUAUUGCAGAGCAGGCAGUCUCUUAUAUUAGGACAUUAUAUGCAUUCACAAAUGAAACAUUGGCAAAAUAUUCAUAUGCAUUAUCUCUGCAAGCUUCAUUGAGGUAUGGUAUACUGAUAAGUCUGGUCCAAGGACUUGGACUUGGUUUUACAUAUGGGCUUGCAAUUUGUUCCUGUGCAUUGCAACUGUGGGUUGGAAGAAUCCUGGUCAUUAAUGGGAAAGCUCAUGGUGGUGAAAUUGUUACGGCCCUUUUUGCUGUUAUGUUAAGUGGCCUUGGGCUAAAUCAGGCAGCAACGAACUUCUAUUCAUUUGAACAAGGAAGAAUUGCCGCAUACAGACUUUUCGAGAUGAUAAGCCGUUCAUCCUCCAGUGUUAAUAAUGACGGAAUUACCCUUGCUUCUGUGCAAGGAAAUAUUGAGUUCCGAAAUGUGUACUUUAGUUAUCUCUCUCGUCCUGAAAUUCCUAUCUUGAGUGGAUUUUACCUCAGUGUGCCAUCAAAGAAGGCUGUUGCACUUGUUGGCAGAAAUGGGUCUGGCAAAAGUAGUAUCAUUCCACUUAUGGAGCGGUUUUAUGAUCCUACAUUAGGAGAAGUCCUUUUAGAUGGGGAAAAUAUAAAAAAUCUAAAGCUGGAAUGGCUCAGAAACCAAAUUGGUUUAGUAACCCAGGAGCCUGCCUUGUUAAGUUUGAGCAUCAGAGAUAAUAUUGCAUAUGGACGCGAUGCUACUUUUGAUCAAAUUGAGGAAGCUGCUAAAAUAGCUCAUGCUCAUACAUUUAUUAGCUCACUUGAGAGAGGAUAUGACACUCAGGUGGGCAGAGCUGGUCUAGCAUUGACUGAAGAGCAAAAAAUAAAGCUUUCUAUUGCUAGGGCUGUUCUUUCCAAUCCAUCUAUCCUUCUCCUUGAUGAGGUUACUGGUGGACUUGAUUUUGAAGCUGAAAGAUCUGUUCAGGAAGCUCUGGAUCUUCUCAUGUUAGGCCGAUCUACUAUCAUUAUAGCAAGACGGCUUAGUCUAAUCAGGAAUGCUGACUACAUUGCUGUAAUGGAGGAAGGUCAACUGGUUGAAAUGGGUACACAUGAUGAACUGAUAACAUUAGAUGGCCUCUAUGCUGAACUUCUUAAAUGUGAAGAAGCUGCAAAACUUCCACGCAGGAUGCCAAUGAGAAAUUACAAGGAGAUUGCAGCUUUCCAAAUUGAAGAUUCUUCAGCAAGUCACAGUGUCCAAGAACCUUCAUCCCCUAGAAUGAUCAAGUCACCAUCUCUUCAAAGGACUUCUGUGCUCCAUACAUUUCGAACUUCUGAUGCUACAUUUAAUUCACUAGAAUCUCCCCACAAUCUGAGUCCUCCACCAGAGCUGAUGGUUGAAAAUGGCAUGACCUUAGAUGGAACAACUAAGGAGCCAUCUAUAAAAAGGCAGGAUAGUUUUGAAAUGAAACUCCCAGAGUUACCUAAGAUUGAUGUUCAUUCUGCACAUCGUCUAAAGUCCAGUUCUGACCCUGAAUCACCUGUCUCUCCACUCUUGACAUCUGAUCCAAAAAACGAACGUUCUCAUUCACAGACCUUUAGUCGACCACAUAAUGAGUUUUAUGAUGCACCUCUGAAUACGAGAGAAACAAAGGACACACAACAUCGAGAGCCACCAUCAUGCUGGAGGCUUGUUGAACUUAGCCUUGCCGAGUGGCUUUAUGCUGUUUUAGGGAGCACAGGCGCUGCAGUAUUUGGUUCUUUUAAUCCUCUGCUUGCUUAUGUCAUUGCACUUAUUGUAACAGCAUAUUAUAGAAUCGAUGAUGAACAUCAUUUAGAACGUGAAGUAGACAAGUGGUGCUUAAUCAUUGCCGGCAUGGGAAUUGUGACGGUAGUUGCCAACUUUUUGCAGCACUUUUAUUUUGGUAUAAUGGGAGAGAAAAUGACGGAACGUGUUAGGAGGAUGAUGUUUUCAGCAAUGCUUCGAAAUGAAGUUGGAUGGUUUGAUGAAGAGGAAAAUAGUGCAGAUAACCUGUCUAUGCGAUUGGCAAAUGAUGCUACCUUUGUCCGUGCUGCUUUCAGCAAUCGCCUUUCCAUUUUAAUUCAAGACGGUGCAGCUGUGGUUGUUGCUGUUCUUAUUGGGAUGAUUCUGCAGUGGCGGUUGGCACUCGUAGCGUUAGCUACUCUUCCAGUUCUCGUCAUUUCAGCAAUAGCACAGAAACUGUGGCUUGCUGGAUUUUCAAAGGGAAUUCAGGAGAUGCAUAGGAAGGCAUCUCUAGUCCUUGAGGAUGCUGUUAGAAAUAUCUACACAGUUGUAGCAUUUUGUGCUGGAAAUAAGGUCAUGGAGCUCUAUAGAAUGCAACUGCGGAAGAUAUUCAAGAAGAGUUUCCUCCAUGGAAUGGCCAUUGGUUUUGGUUUUGGAUUUUCACAAUUUCUCCUUUUUGGUUGCAAUGCUCUUCUCCUUUGGUACAUUGCACUUUCUGUGAAAAGGGGGCAUGUGAAUCUGCAUACAGCUCUCAAAGAAUACAUGGUAUUUUCUUUUGCAACUUUUGCUCUUGUAGAGCCUUUUGGUUUGGCUCCCUAUAUCCUGAAAAGAAGAAAAUCUCUAACAUCAGUUUUUGAGAUAAUUGACCGGGUACCACGAAUUGAGCCAGAUGAUGACUCAGCCCUGAAACCUCCUAAUGUUUAUGGUAGCAUCGAGUUAAAAAGUGUUGAUUUCUCUUAUCCAACCAGGCCAGAAAUCUUGGUUUUGAGCAAUUUCAGCCUUAAAGUCAAUGGAGGGCAAACUGUGGCAGUGGUGGGUGUUUCAGGCUCUGGAAAGAGUACUAUAAUAUCUCUGCUACAGAGAUUCUAUGAUCCAAUUGCUGGUCAGGUUUUACUAGAUAGCCGAGAUUUAAAAUCAUACAACUUGCGGUGGUUGAGAAACCACUUAGGUCUUGUCCAACAGGAACCAAUUGUAUUCUCAACUACCAUCAGGGAAAACAUAAUAUAUGCGAGGCACAAUGCAAGUGAAGCUGAAAUGAAAGAGGCAGCUAGAAUAGCAAAUGCUCAUCAUUUCAUUAGCAGCUUGCCUCAUGGUUAUGAUACUCAUGUUGGGAUGCGGGGUGUAGAUCUAACUCCAGGACAGAAACAAAGAAUCGUAAUAGCUCGUGUUGUUUUGAAGAAUGCACCCAUUUUAUUGUUGGACGAAGCAAGCUCAUCUAUUGAAUCUGAGUCAAGCAGGGUGGUUCAGGAGGCUCUUGAUACUCUGAUUAUGGGAAACAAGACAACCAUCCUUAUUGCCCACCGUGCAGCAAUGAUGAGGCAUGUUGACAACAUUGUUGUUCUAAAUGGUGGGCGGAUUGUGGAAGAAGGAUCCCACGACUCACUGAUGGCAAAAAACGGUUUGUAUGUCCGCUUGAUGCAACCUCACUUCGGGAAAGGAUUGCGUCAGCAUAGACUCAUUUAAGUUGGAUUGUAAAUGGUCUUUAGCAAUAGUGAUGGGUUUCUUCCACGCCUCUACCAAAGCCUCACUUUCUUUAAAGUGCUGGAGUCCUCAAAAGCUUUAAGACAGUCCCCUUGGACUGGGUGUAUAACAAAAAUGACAAAGCUCUCUGGCACCUGCUUCAGUGUCGUGAUUGUGAUUUGCUCAAAGGUAUGAAAACUGGGGUUAAGAAGAGGAUUUUGUAUCAAUUAGUUAGCUCACUUAAAGUAGAAAUUCAGGAUUAGAAUCAUAUUCUUUUGGAGGCAGGAAUUGAGUCCCAGACUAGGAACUGAAUCCCUGUCUCUUUGAAUGGUAUAUUGAUUUGUUAAUUACAGAAUGGAUCUAGCUUCUCUUA